UUUUUUUUUUUUUUUUUUAUUUGAUAUAUAAAUAUUUUCUUACGCUUUUAUCCAUUAUGUGCAACAUGAUCUAUAUCGCGAUCUAUUCGUUUAUCAUCCGUGGAAUCUACUCAACAGGAUAAUCUUUGUUUGGAUUAUUUAUUAAUUCUAAUUGGAACGUAGGUGCAAAUUAAUAACAGUUUGCCCAAACCACGGUUUAUUGUGGCUAAUACUAGUGAUAAGCACCACUAUUAUAAUAUGACGCUCGAUUUUAUAGCUGGAUGCCUUGGAGGCGCUGCUGGUGUGUUGGUCAGUCACCCUUUGGAUACAAUUAAAGUACACUUGCAAACACAAAAUCCAAAAAAUAUUAAAUAUCACGGCACAUGGCAUUGCUUAAAAACUAUUGUUAAAGAGGAAGGUGUCCAUGGCCUCUAUAAGGGCAUGACUAGCCCACUUGCUGGAUUAGCUGCUGUUAAUGCCAUCGUAUUCGGUAUAUAUGGUAAUGUACAGCGUAUGUGCCAAGAUCCAACUUCGUUGGAAGCGCAUGCCUUAUCCGGAGGUGUGGCGGGGUUUUUCCAAAGUGUUGCUUGCGCUCCAAUGGAGUUAGCCAAGAUACGCAUGCAGUUGCAAACACAGGAUCAGCUCGGUAAAAAAUUUAAGUGCCCAUUAGAGUAUCUUAUACAUGUUGUGCGGACUGAAGGUUAUAUUGGUACCAUGAGAGGUGUAGGUUUCACUGCAUUUCGCGAUGUGCCAGGAUUUGCCAGCUACUUCACUUCCUUCGAGUAUUUAACGAGUCUUCAGUCACCGCUGACCGCAUGGUGGACGCUAACAGCGGGUGGUCUUGCUGGGAUUGCCUCUUGGCUUGUCAGCUAUCCAAUAGACGUUAUAAAAACAUGUAUACAAGCAGAUGAUCCUGCAAGUCCGAAAUAUAGCGGGUACAUGGAUAUAGCCCGUAAAGGUUACAAAUCCGAAGGCUUGCACUUCUUUUUCCGCGGAAUGAACUCGACGAUGAUACGUUCAUUUCCAAUGAACGCUGCCUGCUUUUAUGUCGUCUCAGCUUUCAUGAAUUACUUCGCCGAUGAUGGACCAGACGAUGUUGCAAAUACGCACGACACUCAAACCUCGAUCGCUUUGGCGGCAAAUACGCCCCUAACGUAUAUUUUUAAUCACGUCGUUCAACCCGAUGAACGAAUUCGACAACAACACCUUGCAAUGACGAAGAGCCUACAAAGCUUUAGUACAUUCAGCGAAGCUAUAUGCCAUUCCGAAGCCGAAGAAUUAGCAACCGAAUGGUAUCCUGUAAAUGAAAAUAAAUACUUUGUUUUAGAAGACAAACGAAUUACGGCCAGAGAGUUUCGAAUCAACGAAAGGCCUGUGGACUGUUAAAAGUCCACAGAACUUAAUUAACUUUAUUCGGUGCGAAAUAUUUUUGGUGAUAUCUAUACAUGUGUACAUGUAUACAUAUAUUUAUAUAUGUUUAUUAUAUAUAUAUAUAUAUAUAUAUAUUUAUUAGAUUC